UUUCUUCAUUCGAGGUUAGCAGUGGGAUAAUACAAAUCGUGUGAUCGUAAGAGGUAGAAUAAGUCGCACCUUUUUUUCGCCGCAAAUACUUAGUCUUAGCUCCACUCUGCUCUCUUUUUACCAAUCAGGCAACCACACACCUUUUAUCCAAUAUCCAUAUCCCUCCGAGUCUUCUACACAAACAUCUUAAGGCUUAUUUCACAGAGAAACAAGUAUCAAAGAAGAGCAAAGAGUAUAUCAACAACAAUGUAUAUUUUACCGUCUGAAUCAAAACGCCUCUUUUUAGUCCCUAUCUUGGCCGUGAUGGCCAUACAAUUUCUCUUUGUACGCACUGUUUCGUCAGUGAACAUGACAAAUACAUAUCUACACCACAAAUGCUUUGUCGAUCAAGGGAAAUACGAGCCGGGAAGUAAGUAUGAGGAAAACCUAAACUUUAUCAUCGAACCAAUCCCUGUAACGAGUGAGAGUUUUGAAAGAGGUACCAAAAUGGAAAUGAUCGGAGAAGGUCCUGAUCUAAUAUCCUUCACCCUUCAGUGCCGCGGCGAUAUCAGUGGGCCUAGAUGCCGUUCUUGCUAUGCUACUGCCCUUUCCGCGCUUCACAGAAGAUGUCCGGGAUACAAAGGACGAAUGAUAUGGUACGACCAAUGCAUUCUCGAGAUAUCUACGAUUGAUUCUUUAGACAAGAUCGACUACAACAACAAUUUAUGUGUGUCGAAUGCAAAAAAAAUGAUGGCCCAUUAUUAUUCCAACUCCGAUUGGCUGGAUCUCAUCCACAAUCUGACAACUAAAGCCCUUCGUCAAGGCAAUUCAAAAGGGAUGUACUACGCAGCGGGGGAGACGAGGCUCGGAAUGGAUAACAUAUAUGCAAUGGUGCAGUGUUCUUUUUACUUGUCGUCAAAGGAUUGCGAGAAGUGUCUGAGACAUAAUAUCAAGCAUUAUGAAGAUUGCUGUUUUAAUAGACAAGGAGCGAGAGUUUUAGGUAAAAGUUGUAGCUUUAGGUAUGAAUUUUACCCUUUCCUUUUUGAGAAGAGCCGUCGUCCUAAAUAUUUGAAAAUUUAGAAAGUAGUUUAAAACAAUGUCUUUUUUUCAUAAGCUUGAAAUAUUGUUUUGUAUUGAAAUAUCUGAAUAUAUUAUUAGGAAA